AUGCAAUUAUUAGGUCUUUUUCAUGACACGUCAAACACAUCUGCAUCUACAACGCUGUCUAUUCAUUCUCGCGCUAUGUUUAAAGCAGCAGUAUUGCUUUCCCAAACAUAUAACAUAAAAAUCGGAGGCCAAUUUAUUGGAUGGCAAACUGCACAAACUGAUGACAAUGUGAUAAGUGCUCUUCGAAGUACGUGCUUUGCAAUGUCUACUUCUAAUAUCAUAGGCAUUGUGGGUCCUGCAUUGUCAAGAGAAGCAAUCCUUAUUGCUGAUUUUGCAGAAACAGUUGGCAUUCCUGUAAUAUCAUACGCAGCAACCGAUCCUGAUUUAUCUGAUCGAAAUGCAUAUCCUGUCUUUCAUCGGACAGUUCCUUCGGAUAAAGUAGCUGCAAUAGCGAUUGCACAAUUGUUCAUACGAUUUAAUUGGACAUCAUGCACAAUUAUCUAUCAAAAUGAUAAAUAUGGUUUAAGUGGUGGGCAAGCACUAAAUGAGACGCUUAGUAAUAAUAGUGUGAUAGUUCUACAAACCGUAUUAUUUGAUACUAUGACACUUAGUAUUCAAGGUGAUCUGAACAGCACUUUAAUCACUAGCUCAACUCGAAUUGUAAUAUUAUGGGCUGAAUCAUAUUAUGCAUCCUUAAUUUUACAAUAUGCUCUUAAUUAUGAUGUACUUGGUCCAAAGUUCACAUGGAUAUUAAGUUCUAAUGUUCCAUUGAACUCUUUUAACCAAUCAUUCUCUCAAAAUUUAAUUGGAAUACUUACUGUAGAACCUACAGUAGGAGAUGUUGUCAAUGAACCAAUAAAUACAACAUUAUU